AUGACAUGUAUUGAGAAGUACUGGGAUUUCCUAUUUGAGAAGAUGAGUUUCGAAGAAUGGUCGGCAGCAACAUCUCCAAAAGUCCAGGGCACACGGAAUCUCCAUAGAGCUCUACCGGAUAACCUCGAUUUCUUUAUACUUCUUUCUUCUAUCGCUGGCGUGUUUGGAUCAAUAGGCCAAUCCAACUACGCCGCCGGAACCAUAUUCCAAGAUGCAUUUUGUCUUUACAAGAACAGCAAGGGUCAAAAAGCAGUAUCUCUCAGAUUGGGUAUUGUGAGCGAUAUAGGCAUCAUUAGCGAGAAUCCCGAAGUACUCAAAAACGGAGACUUUGUAAGAGAAAUCGCAUCAGUCAAAGAAGAAGAAUUUAUUGCACUUCUUGAUAACUACUGCAAUUCUGAUAAUCCGCUACAGUUACCAGCAUCAGGGGGUGCUCUACCCAUUAUCGGUCUCUUAGCGCCAUCACAAUUCACCGCUCAGGGGGUAGAUAUACUAUCCUGGGCUCAAACACCCACUUUCAGUCCCCUUGCAUAUAUUGGCGAAGACGAUACUCUUUCAACCGAUACCCAAUCUGCUAAAGGGAGCUUCAAAUCUCAACUGCAAGCUGCAGAAUCCGCAAAUGAAGUAAAGGAAGUGGAAUUGACUUCGCAUAAUUCACGGCCUCUUCAUUAG